GUAUGAAGAAGACAGGAAAACAACAAAUCCUCGUCUCAAAGCAACACAACUGUCGUCAGCGUGAACCACCAAGGUUUGCUCCAUUUUUCUUCACGAGCAGGUGUUUUUAAAGCAGCCGCCUGCUGUUCUUCUGUGGAAAGUUGACUUUCUGAAGAACUUUUGGUGCAGAAGAUGAGUGACUCACUGGAAAGGACAACAGAUUGUCCCUUGCCAUCUGUCAGCGAUGAGCCCAGUCUGAAUGAGGAAAAAGGGAACACACAAAGUUCACAUGAGUUAUGCUGGAAAGAUGGAGGUCUACCGAUGGAGCUGCAGAGAGGGAUGGAGAGCCUGCGAGUGAACAGAGAACUGACCGAUGUGACCCUCUGUGUUCAGGGACAUGACUUUCCCUGCCACAGAGCCGUUCUCGCUGCUGCCAGUCAGUAUUUCAGGGCCAUGUUUUGCAGUGGUCUCAAGGAGAGUCACGAGGAAUGUGUGGAAAUAAAAGGACUGGACAGCGGGACAAUGAGCUCUCUCCUGGACUAUACGUACACCAGCCGAGCCCUCCUCACACACACAAAUGUUCAGAGAAUACUUGAGGCAGCGAGUCAGUUUCAGUUCCUGCGUGUGGUAGAUGCAUGUGCUGACUUUCUGAGCAAAUCUAUGCAUUUAGAGAGCUGCAUUGGGAUCCUGAACCUGGCUGACAAUCACGCCCUGCCAGCUCUGAGGUCCAGAGCUCAGGACUACAUCACCUCUCAGUUCUCUCAGGUGGUUCAGCUGCAGGACUUCCUGGAGCUGCCAGCAGAGUCUCUAGAAGCCAUUUUACAAAAGGACGACCUCGAUGUUAAGUUUGAGGAGUGUGUUUUUGAAGCACUAAUGCGCUGGGUGAGAGCCCGGCAGGAGGAACGCCACCCAUUACUGGCCAGGUUGCUUUCACACGUGAGACUACCUUUGUUAGAACCGGCAUACUUUGUGGAAAAGGUGGAAUCAGAUGAGCUCAUUCGUCGCUGCAGUGAGGCUUUCCCUUUGUUGCAAGAGACCCGCACUUAUCACCUUUCUGGUAGGGAGGUGGUCUCAGAGCGAACCAAACCACGUCUGCAGCAAUUUCUAUCAGAGGUCUUCCUGAUCAUUGGAGGCUGCACUAAAGAUGAGCGCUUUAUUUCUACUGUUACCUGCUUGGACCCUCUCAGACGCAGUCGGCUGGAGGUCGCCAGACUGCCAAUGACGGAGCUGGAGGACGAGACACAAAACAGAAAAUGGGUGGAGUUUGCUUGUAUCACCUUCCAAAAUGAAGUGUACAUAUCUGGAGGUAAAGAGACACAGCAUGACGUUUGGAAAUAUAAUGGUGCCCUGGACAAGUGGAUCCAAAUUGAGCCCCUGUCAACUGGGCGGUGGAGACACAAGAUGGCGGUUCAUGGAGGGAAGGUGUACGUGCUGGGUGGAUUUGAUGGAGUCCAGAGACUCGCUAGCGUAGAGGCCUACGAUCCCUUUCACAAUCGCUGGACACAAGUGACACCUCUUGCAAUAGGUGUGAGUUCCUUUGCUGGAGCAAGCUUUGACAAAUGGAUUUAUGUGAUUGGUGGUGGACCUAAUGGCAAACUUGCCACUGAUAAAGUUCAGUGCUGGCAACCAGGGACAGACAGCUGGGAACUACGGGCACCCAUUCCCAUUGAAACUAAAUGCACGAACGCUGUUACCUUCAAGAACUGCAUUUAUGUAGUAGGUGGUGCCAUGCAUGCCAUGUACUGUUAUUCCCCUCUGUCCGACUCCUGGUCACUUGUGACCCGUCUGGGGGAGAGAGCGAGUUGUGCCAUCGCAGCUUGUAACAACAAACUUUUCAUCACAGGCGGAAGGGAUAACAAGAACCAAGUCAUCUCCACAGUGAUGUGCUGGGACGUUGAUCGAGGGGUGUUGACAGAAGAGUGUGUUUUGCCGAUGGGAGUGUCACACCAUGGCAGCGUGACCCUCAUGAAGUCCUAUACACAUAUACACAGAAUAACACCUCCACCAGAGUGCCACUGACACAGGCCUCUGUGAACUGGAAUUUGUUUCUGGUGGUGAAAUGAUGUGGAACAAUUGCAUUAUCGAACUAAUUUCACUUUGAGAUGCCACUUAGUAAGGAGUCAGUCACUAAGUUUAUACUAAUGUAAAAAUAAACAGUUCAUUUUCAGUAAGCUUCUUCUUCUUUU